AUGACCAUUAAUAUGCAGCAGCAGCAGGGACCCUCAUCAGAAACCCACACUACCACAAUUAACACCAUCCCCCUAAAACCGUAUUCUUCCAAACACCAACCAAUAACCUCCUACUUCUCCACAAAACUCUCCCUCUACCUCUUAGCCACCUGCGCCACCCUCGUCAUUCUGUCCCAAAUCCAUUCUCUCCACACCACAUGCUCUCCCCCUUCCCUAUUAUUCCCCAACUGCUCUGUCGAGCUCGCUGCCUUCACCGCCAAACUCCGCCUUGCCGUGACCUUCCUCCCCCUGAAAGACCUCCGGUACGCCAAGAUCCCCCUCCGAGGCCACACGUGGUUUAUGAGCUCCAUGCUCGACACCCAUGCAGAUGGCGAAGUCCAGUACCAACACUUCCCCUCGGCUGCCUCGGGCGGCAGCCUCCUAUGUCUCAGGGGCCGCCACACACACGAUGGCACACUUAACUCGUAUGCCCUCGCAUGGCCGGAGGCCCUCCCCCACAACGCCAUACUCAUGGAGGGCCUCACCUUCGUGUCGUACAACCACUACGACUACCAUAAUAUAUGGCACGGCCUGUCUGCGGCCGUGCCAUUUGUGGCAUGGCACUUGAGGAACCGCCGGUGCAGCACGGGUGGCCCCACCCGGUGGGUACUAUACCACAGGGGGGAGAUGAGGACUGCAAUGGGGCCGUGGCUGAGCCACCUCAUGGCGGCAGCUUUUGAUUGCAGCACGGUGAAUAUAGAAGGGUUUGAGGAGGUGGGUGAUGAAGGGGUGGUUUGUUUUGAGGAGGCGGUGGUGAUGAGACACAAUGAGGGUGGUAUGUCUAGGGAGAGGAGAAUGGAGGUGUAUGAUUUCUUGAGGUGUAAGGCGAGGGCGUACUGUAAUAUUAGUGAGGGGGCGUCAGAGGGCGGAGGUGAUGGGCGGCGGCGGGGGGUGGGGGGAAUAGGGAUGACAGUGUUGUUGAGGACGGGGGCCAGGUCGUUUAGGAAUGAGUCGGCGGUGGUGGGGAUAUUUGAGAGGGAGUGUAGCAGGGUUGAGGGUUGCCGGUUGGUGGUUGCUUACUCCAAUAACCAAAGCUUUUGCGAGCAGGUGAAGAUGAUGAGAAUGACAGACAUUUUAGUAUCUCCCCACGGAGCCCAACUCACCAACAUGUUCCUCAUGGAUAGAAACAGCAGCGUGAUGGAGUUCUUUCCCAAAGGAUGGCUGAAGCUGGCGGGCGUCGGCCAGUACGUCUACCACUGGAUUGCCAGCUGGUCCGGCAUGACACACCAAGGCGCAUGGCGAGAUCCCACCGGCGACCACUGCCCCUAUCCCGACGACGACCACCGCUGCAUGUCCAUCUUCAAAGGCGGCAGAAUCGGUCACAACCACACUUUUUUUGCAGAAUGGGCCACAAAGGUUCUCCUGGAGGUGAAGACGAGGAAGAUGGAAAAAGAAGCUUCCAUCCGCCAGAUUACUAAUGCAACUGCCAAUAACCCCACUUCUACUCCUCGUCAUUGCUCUUGUACCUAA